AUGGCCCUGGCCCAAGAUAUGAUGGAGGACUCUUCGGCCAUCAUGAAGAUGACCUGGACUGCCCUCUUCCCAGACUCAGACUAUGAGCAAUGGGAGUCCAAAUUCACCGCCUGCACUGAAGAAUAUAACAUCAAGAUUAUGAAGCAGGCGAACGAUGAGGAUGAAGCGAAGGAUGAGGCGACCGACUCCUCUUCUGAAGGUGAGGAUGAAGAUGGAGAGGAGGAGGAGGCGGACGUCAACAAUGGGGAGACUGAGAAAAAGGAGGUGGACGCCAACCAAGAACAGGCGCCGCCUAAUGAGCCACAAGAGCGUGUGCUUGAGGAGCAGGCGCCCAUUGCCGAAGCUGAUCAGGCGGCCGAUGUUACUGAAACCCCUCUCUCCAAUGCUUAA